AUGGCUUCCAACCUGUCGGUGCUGAUCUCGCAAUUGAACGAGACGCUGUAUUCACUGGACUUGACAGAUUUGGCGAACCAUUGGAUCAAUUCAUCCAGCGAGUACUACAACGUGCAAAAAGCCCGGGGCACGCUAUUUCCGAUACAGAUAUCGCUAUCGUUGCUACUCGGCCUAGCCCCGAUAAUUCUGGUUCUGGCGCGCAAGACACGCAAACGGGUUGAGAAACCAAGCAAGUUUGAGAUUCCGGUCCCUGACGAGGCCAAGCCCAAUUGGAAGGGCAAGAGACUCACGCCUACAGACAUAUAUCAGCCAGACGACCCAGCCCACAUCUACUGCUACUGUCCCGCAACGUCUCAAUUUCUAGGCAAGUUCCCUGCCCACACGAAACAAGAUAUAGAUGAAUCUGUGGAGAAGGCCAAACUUGCUCAAUUGAGUUUCUAUUCCGACCCAGAGUUUGCCGUGAAACGACGCAAGGUGCUGAGAACCCUGUGCGAUUUCAUUCUGCGCAACCAGGAGACAAUUGCACGGGUCGCGUGCCGGGACUCGGGAAAGACGAUGGUUGACGCGUCGAUAGGCGAAAUCAUGGCCAACCUCGAGAAAAUCAACUGGAUCCUGGCCAACGGAGAACGUGCACUGCAACCGUCUGUCAGACCUGGCAGUUCCAACCUGUUCAUGAAGUACAAGAAAGCAGAAGUCCGCUACGAGCCCCUGGGUGUUGUUGGCGCGCUGAUCUCGUGGAAUUAUCCGUUCCAUAAUAUGUUGGGCCCUAUAGUUGCUGCCAUUUUCACCGGUAAUGCCAUUGUGGUGAAAUGCAGCGAACGAGUCCGCUGGUCGUCCGAGUAUUAUAUUUCUGUGGUCAAGGCGGCACUCAAGGUGUGUGGCGUGGACGAGAACCUGGUCCAGCUCGUCUGUACGUGGGGAAAGGACGGAGAUCUGUUUUCUGGCCAUCCUGGACUCUCGCAUCUCACAUUUAUUGGUUCCAAGCCAGUGGCCCAUAAAGUUGUGGCUAAGGCUGGCGAGGCGCUUACGCCUGUGGUAGUGGAGCUGGGCGGCAAGGACGCGAUGGUCAUCUGCGAGGAUUAUUUGAAGAACAAGGGGGUCGAUAAAAUAGCGUCUAUUCUAAUGAGAGGAACGUUCCAGAGUGCAGGCCAGAACUGUAUCGGCAUAGAGCGGGUGAUUGUGGCUGGUGAAGAAAAGUACUACGAGAAACUGGUCGAGACGUUGUCGAAUAAGGUGGCCAAGAUGCGUAUUGGCUCAGAUAUCGACCAGAGCGAGGAGAUCGACAUGGGAGCCAUGAUUAUGGGCGGAGCUAAGUUUGACGAGCUUGAGCAGUGGAUUUCGGAGGCGGUCAGCAGGGGAGCACGGCUGCUGCAGGGAGGGAAGCGCUACGUGCAUCCCAACUACCCGCAGGGCCAUUUCUUCAUGCCGACUCUGAUCGUGGACGUUGAUCCGGAGUGCAAAAUAGCCACAAACGAGGUGUUUGGUCCUGUUUUGACGAUUUUGCGAGCUGCAUCGGACGACGAGGCUGUGGAGAUGGCCAACUCGACGAGCUACGGCCUCGGGUCGUCGGUGUUCAGCACAGAUUUCCACCACGCCGAGGAGCUUACAAAACGUCUCAAGGUCGGAAACGUGGCAAUCAAUGACUUUGCCACGUUCUACCUGUGCCAGCUUCCGUUUGGCGGUGUCAAGGACUCUGGAUACGGCAAGUUUGGCGGCGAGGAGGGGCUGCGGGGCCUGUGCAACGAAAAGUCCGUGUGCUAUGACCGCACCAGCCUGAUCUCCACCGGCAUCCCAGGCCCGAUUGACUAUCCGAUUGCCAACGGUAAAAAAGCAUGGAGAUUUGUUGCGGCCCUGAACCAGGGCGGCUACGACCACAGCUGGUGGCAGAAAUGCAAAGCCAUCUGGACCUUGGCCACGGGCUGA